AUGUCGCGCGGGGAAGAAGAUGGAAGGAAGCAUCGCUGCUUCGCGUACAACUGGAUCGACGGCGCAGAGUCACUUGAAAGGUACAAGCCUGGGGGUUUAUCAUCCUAUCAUGAUUGGGGAUACACUACACGAGCGAUACCGCAUCGUGGACAAGCUGGGGUUUUGGAGACUAUUCAACUGUUUGGCUAG